AUGGAUGGUAUAGAUGGUACAGAUCAUUUCACAGGAGGCGUUGAAGGUCCUUCACCUUCGUGCCUCGUCAUUGUCCUCGACACCAAUCCUCACGCCUGGGCACUCCUUUCAUCCACCCUCUCUCUCUCCAAAACCAUAGCCAAUCUCCUCGUUUUCAUAAAUGCGCACCUCGCCGUCAAUAAUGCAAAUCAAGUAGCUAUAGUAGCUAGUCACUGCCACCGCGCAGUAUGGCUCUAUCCAGCACCACCCUCCGCUUCAGGAGAUACAGAAAUGGGUGGUUCAACCACUCAAGCCCCUCCCGACGAUGCCAACAAAUACCGACAAUUUGCACUCAUCGAAAACACCCUCCUAAAUUCCCUCCGCAACCUAAUAUCCACCACGACCGAGCAAGAAGUAUCCAGCACAACCACCACCCAAAUGGCCGGAGCCCUCACCCUGGCCCUCUCCUAUAUAAACAAGCAAUGCUUAGCCUACAGCGACGUUUCCGCCUCCCCCUCCAAACCCACCACCUCGGCCAUCAGCACCUUUGAACCCACCGCCGGUCUCCAAUCACGAAUUCUCGUGCUCUCGGUAUCUGGCGACCUCGCGCACCAAUACAUUCCCAUAAUGAACACCACAUUCGCCGCACAACGCAUGCGAAUCCCCAUUGACAUAUUAAAGCUCGCCGGCGACACGGUAUUUUUACAACAAGCGAGCGAUACUACCAGGGGAAUAUAUAUGCACCUGAAGCACCCCCAAGGGUUAUUACAAUAUCUAAUGAUGGCAUUUCUACCCGAUCAACAGAUAUUCUGUUCACCUCCCGAAGGCGCCAUCUGUCUAACCUGUUCCACGCACCUCUCACUCGGAGACUAUGGCUCUAAGCCCGCCGUCGUGCCACGAAAGAAGAAGAAGAAGCGGAAGAUAAAUAUCAAUGGAGGAGGUGCGGAGACUGGUAGUGCUGUGGGGACACCUGUGCCUGGAGAAUGA